UCCCCAGUUGCCUUAUAAUAGCGAGCUCAACAUCCUGCAGCUUCAAUGAAAGCUGAGCUGAGGUCCGUUUGACUCUCAGACUGCUUGGCUGGUUUCUCCUCACUUGAUCGCGAAGCCACCUGGGAGUCAUAGCCAAAACCCGCGUCGGUUUUGUUUUUCCUCCGACCAGCUUGCACUGGUCAUCACAGUGCCUCCCGCUGGUUGUGAUGGUUCCCCACUCGGGUGAUGCUCAGUCCUGCCGGAGAUAGGAAGCCCUUGUGGGAACUUGUGGGGAGCUUGUAAAAAAGUCCUUCAGGUCGUCUUCGCGUCCGCGUCAAGGAUGGCUCUUUUGGUUCUGACUGUGCUCUCCGCGUGGGUCUGCUGCGCACGCUUGGGAUACUGCGCCUUGCUGCGAGCCGAUGGGGAUUUUACGCACGAGACGGAGCGGAGGCAAGCGGCUCCGGUAGCUCCGGUAGCUCCGGUGGUUGGGGGGGACCGGGAGCGGCUGUCCCAGGACACGGUGACGGAGCACAUGCACAUGCUCUACGACAAGUACAACAAGGCCGGAUUCGCUUAUAAGAACGGCAACACGGUGCGCAGCUUCAAGGCGCACUGGGGGGUGAUCAACAAGAAGCAGCUUCAGAUCUUCAACCUCACGUCACUCACUAAGUCCGAGGAUGUCCUUUCUGCCACACUGCACUAUUAUAUCGGGGACCUCCACAACAGCAGCUGGUCCUGCUCCAGACCCCAAGGCUGCGUCUUCCAUGGCCCACGCAGGCAUAGCCACAUCCAUGCCGUCAUCUGGAGCUUUGCCCCUGAGGCUGAUCGGAUGAGGACUCUGGGCCAGUUCCGCAUCAAUGUGUCCACACACAACAAGGACUUUAUUUCCUGGCAGUGGAAAGAUAUCACCAGGGUGGUCAACCAGGCCAAGGCGCAUCACCAGCUCCUUAUUGGCAUUGAAGUGUCCUCGCGAGGACCCCGGCCCUGGAAGGAGCUCCUUGCUGACCGCUCCCCUUACAUCCUGGUAUAUGCCAACGACUCGGCCAUCUCUGAGCCCGAGAGCGUGGUGGCCACCCUUAGGAGGAAUCCCUCGGUAGGGGAACCCAAGGUGGGGCAACAUGGGCAAAAUGCAACGGAACCACAGAGGAGCGCUUCCAGGCCCAAGCGGGCCAUCAACGUCCUGCUCCCCCUGCAGAACAACGAGCUCCCUGGACCUGAGUACCCCUAUGAGACAACCGGUUGGGACGAAUCCAGUCCCUACGAACCCUUUCAGAGCAAGCAGGCCCGCCGGCCGUUGCGCAAAAAGAGUCGCAAGAACCCGAGGCACAAGAUGCCCCUGCUACAGUUUGACGAGCACACCAUCAAGAAGGCCCGGAAGAAGCAGUGGAACGAGCCUCGGAACUGCGCACGCCGUUACCUCAAAGUGGAUUUUGCUGACAUCGGCUGGAGCGAGUGGAUUAUUUCGCCAAAGUCUUUCGACGCUUACUACUGCUCCGGAUCCUGCCAGUUCCCCAUGCCCAAGACGCUGAAGCCUUCGAACCACGCCACCAUCCAGAGCAUUGUCCGGGCGGUGGGUGUGGUCCCCGGGAUCCCGGAGCCGUGCUGUGUCCCGGAGAAGAUGUCGUCGCUCAGCAUCCUCUUCUUCGACGAGGACAAAAACGUGGUUCUCAAGGUGUACCCCAACAUGACAGUGGAUUCCUGCGCAUGCCGAUAGUUCCAUUGGCGCACCCCUCCUUUGCCCCAACUCCCUGCUGCCUCCCGUCGCCAUGGAAGCAAGUCCAGAAAAGUUGCUUUCCUCUUCUGUUUUUUAAAAUUGCUCACAUUAACAUUGGACUUGAUUGAUGGGGCACUCUAAGGGAUGUAGUUACAGGUGAUGGGGGGUGCGAGAGCAGGAAGUAGUGGUGGUCCUUGAGAAAGAUGCUCACACGGAGGAGGAACACUGAAGGAUAAAUGCCUUUUUAGGACGACUUUUCCCAGUACUUCAACUUGGACUUAUUCUGUUUCACAGUGUACACCUCUUCUCAUCAGUCGUGUUAGUCUUCGGCCAAAAUUUUUUUUAAGCCACGCAUCUCCUCCUUUACCGAAUUUUAGAAGGCACACACUCCCUUCCAUUCCUGAACUUUUUCAACCAGGCACCACCUUGCCCAAUGGGCAGAGUUGGCACACCCCUCUAAAAUGUUGCCUCCCUGCCAUGCACCGCAAAACUCAAGGCAGCAAUCAUUUGAAGGGGUUUAAUCAUGCAAAAUCCAUUUUUGAAACCACGCACCCACUUCUGCAUUCAAGACAGCCCAUCUCCAUCGUGCACCCCCUCCAAGUAAAAUCUAUUUAAGGGGGUGUGUGUCGCCUAAUUAGCAAAGUCUGUUUGUUGGCGCAACUUUAACUCCCCAGUGUUGUUUUGCUUUUCUUUUUGUGUUGCAGCCAUAAAUGCAUGCAUCAUGUUUAACCGUGCAAAAAUAAUCAGGUUGAAUUGAAUGUUACAUUUCACAGAAAAUGUUUAUGCGCACCACCAUUUUUGAGUCCAAAAGCUAAAUUGUGCUCUUCAAGUUACCACAUCUUUACUACCGCUAAAAAAGUGUUCAGUUACUAAAACAGAUUUAAGCGGGCAUGUGGCGGUGUGCCUCUAAUUCGCGACUUCUUUCUCAAAAACCUUUGAGGCCACGCACCCCCUUCAACAUCCUCAGUUGGUGCAUCCCCACUCGAUCUUUUUUUUUUUUUUUCCAGAAAACAUUACAUUACCUCAGGUUGUUUUUGUUACUAUUGAACCCGCAACAGCAAAAUAUCUAUUUAUGCAGGCCAAAUACUUCCCGUACGCUUUAUAUUGUACAUUUUUGUGUAUAUACUGCAGUUGACUUUAUGCUGACGACUGUUUGUUGACAAGUGCCUUUUCUUUCCAAAUCUUGGGAAUCCAUUUGUUAUAAAACGUUUUUAUUGAGGAAUUUAUUCUUUGAAAACUAUAUUUACAGUAUUUCAAAACAUUUUGAUAUUUCAGAGAUAUUUACUGUAUUUUGUGUCAAUAGAUGUUUUUCUUUUGUUGUAACUUUUAUGUAUUUUGUACUUUUUGUUAGUAACGGAGGCCACAGAAACACUGUGGGCCAUUUGUUGUCUUUUGUGUAAAUGUUAGCUUGAAAAAAAAAGAAUAUGUUUGUACAAUAAGCUUGGUAAAGUAUAUUUGUAUAUGGAAAUGUCAUUAAACUAUUUAUUUUUGUCUGGUGAAGGGGGCACAGCCUGGGUCGGAGAGAGGAGGGUUGUCUUCACGUGACGGAUAUUUGAUCUCUGACCCCUCGACAGUGGCAACACCGCCAAUUCACUAAGCAUUCAAAGAAAUGAAUAAAAGUGUGCAAAAUUCAACCGUUUUUUUUUAUAUCAUGUUUUGGGUUUAUGCUGACUCCGGUUUCCUCCCACAUACCAAAAAGAUGCAACAUUAAUUGGACAGUCUAGAUUGCCCCAAGGAUGUGUGAUUGGUUGUCUGUCUUCAUGUGCCCUGGGAUUGGUUGGCAACCAGUUCAGGGUGUACCCUGCCUCCUGCCCGUUGACAGCUGGGAUAGGCUCCAGCACUCCCCGCGACCCUUGUGAGGAUAAAUGGCAAAGAAAAUGGAUGGAUGGAUGGUUUAUGCUCAAAGAUUUACUAAAAAUAACAAACAACUAAAAAUAACAAACAACAAAAUCAAAUGUUUGUUUUUUGUUUUUAUCAAAACAACAAAGCAAAUACAUUUACACAACAUUUAUUGACAAUUACAGUUGUGUAGGAAUGACACUAAAAGAGUGAAGUAAUAAAACGGAGUAGUAGUAGUAAAAAGUAAACGUAGCAAAGUCCAUCCACCCAUUGUCUGAGGCACUAUUCCUCAUAAGGGUCGCGGAAUCGCGGUAGUACUGGAGCCCAUCCCAGCUAUCUUCGAGCAGGAUGCAGGGUACACCCUGAACUGGUCGCCAGCCAAUCGCAGGGCACAUUGAGACGAACAACCAGUCGCAAUCGCAAUCACAUCUUGAGGCAAUUUAGAGUGUCCAAUUAGUGAUGCAUGUUUUUUGGGAUGUGGAAGUAAACCGCGAUCAAAUCAUGCAAGCAUGGACAAAACAUGGAAACUCCACACAGAUAAGACCAGAUUUAAUCCCAGAACCUCAGAAAUGCAAAGCGGAUGUGCAAACAAGUUGUCCAUCGUUUCAUCCGAAGUCAUAAUGCUUACAGGAAAGAAAAAAAAAGAUCUUAAAAAAAAAAAAAGUCAGUAUGUUGAGUGUCCGUAGGUGUGGCUCUGUGUGAAUGGUAGUGAUGGCGAGAUGAGAUGAGCCAAUCGGUUCGAGAAAUUAUUCAUUUCUUGAAGCUUCCUGUGCACACGAUCCCAUCUGCUGGUCAUGUUUGUAAUUACAGGCAGAUGUAUCUUCGUGUGUGAUGUCUUGAAUUCCGACAUCUGUUUUGGCUCUUGGGAAUGACUAUUAGUACAAAUAUAUAUA